GAUCGAUCGUAACAAAAGAUCCAAAUAACUGCUUUGGUUCUGAAUGUAACUAUGGGGUAGUGACGACAUGGGAACGAAGCUGUUAUUACCCUCCAAACGUAUGUAAAGGUGGUUGGUUGAAUAUCACAGGCCAGUGUUGUAAAGUGUGUGCAAAUGUAACAACACAACCACCAGGGACAACGUGUGACAUAGGCAACAGACGUUUCACUGUCGGUCAGCGCACAAACAAUGAUCUUUGUCACGUGUGCACGUGUACGGUCGACGGCACGGAAAGUUGCUCCAAUAUCACGUGUGAUACUGUGCUGGACUGUGACGUCAAAUACAAGCCAGUUGGGGCCUGUUGUUUUACCUGCGGUUCUUCACAAAUGACAGUGAAUAUUCUUCUGAUGUUAUUCAUAUUGUUGAUAUCAAAAGGGUAUCAUCACAUUUGAAAUUAUUCUGAUAACAUUCUUGACAAACUAUUGACUAUUUAAUUUUACCCAUUAACCUGAAAAUAAAUCAAAGUACAGAAGAAAACAGAGGAUAAAUCAAAGAGAGAACAUGCCAACAUUACUGAGAACAUGUUCUUGAAGAAUCUAGUACUAAAAUAUGAUACCGUAAGACUGCAGUGAAUAUUUGCAAGCUGUUCGUUUACAAUAAAAUGGAAGAGUGAUUUUAGGUAAUCAAAAAACAUAAAUAUUGAAUUUAAUUAACAAACCACAUAUUAUUUUAAUAAUUUUAGAAAUUCAUAUCAAACUAUACAAUUGUUUGCUGCAUGAUGAUCAAUUCAACAGAAAACGCAACAUCGUACCGAUGUCAAUCCGAUAUACAAAAUAGUUGCAUUGAUAGGUCAUGUAGGCCCGACGCAGACCCGAUGUAUCUUUUUUGAUGUAACACGAAAUGUGGUUAGGGUGGUUCUAGUAAUUGAAAUCAUACAAAUGACAAUUUAUUCACAUUAUUAAGUAAACAAUGCCAUUACAUUUAGAAUUUUUCAAAAUACUCAAUAUCUUUGCACUGCAGCGGCCCGACGUCGGCCAAUGUCGGCAUAUUUUGCCGACAUGCCGACAUUAAACCUAUAUCGGCCCAAUAUGGUCGUGUUGGCUGGGGUACCCUUGGAAACGGAAGGACUAGUGUCAUGUUACUAAUUUGUAAAAAGGGAAAAAUGGACUGAUUGCAGUUCAACGCCUUAUUACAUUCUUUCUCCAGUCUGGCUCGCGAUAUACAUGCAUUUUCUUUCACUUUUAGAUAAAUCCAAACUCUGUGUUAUUUUAUAUGUGUUAUUGUUGCCCACAUGUAUACUAUCAUGAUCUGGAAUCCUAUGCCAGCUGACAUUGCCAAGGCACCUGUCCUGGGGUAUAUUAAAAGCCCGGAGUGACAUGAUUAUUAAGUGGAUAGACAGUUUUAAUUAAUAUUUUAACUGUACAGUAUUUAUUAUUUUUUGUAACUUUAUCAGCUUUGUUUUAAUUAGUCACACAUACAUUGGUA